AUGAAAACCGAUGAAGAUGAAAAUGUAUUUGUACCAGCAAAUUUAGAUAAAAAUGAAAUUGUUGAAGAUCAAAUUGAAUCAAGUGGAGAUGGUCCAGUAGAAGUUUCAUCAAAGGAACAUGAUAGUUCAAAACUUCGUGAAAAUUUCGAUGAAUUACCAGAAACAUUAUCAAAAGUUGAUCCAAAAUUAAAGUCUCAAUUGCAAAGACUUUCACAAAUAAUUGAUGGAUUACAAAAUACUUACAAAAAUAAGAAAAAUUCCACUUCAAAUGAAUUAAGACCAGAUCAGUUAAAUGCAUUUUUAGCUCAUUUCAAUAUAAAAAAUGAAUUUGAUUCUUUUAAUCCAAAUAAUGACGAUUUUAAAAUAGAGAAUUUUGGAUACCGAAGACAAGAUUAUAAUAAUGAUGAAAGUAGUAGUGGUCAUUCGAAUUCUCAGAUAGUUGUUAAUAGACCUGAAGGUUCUGUUGUAUUUUCUUUGGCAAAUCCACAGAAACCAUAUCAGGAACAAAAAUAUAAUGAUGUCAAUAAACAUGAUCCGUUCGAUUACAAUACUGUACCUAAAAUAUCCGAAGAAACAUUAAAAACUGUACUUGAAUUAUCAAAACAAAUGAUAUCAAAUCAAAAUGUCCGACAAGUUUUACCGAAUAUGGGUGGAAUUUAUCAACCAAUUUUAACGCCACUAUAUUAUCCCCCAAUGCCAUCCCAUUCGUAUCAUUUUCAUACUACUGGCGGAUCUCCUGAUAUUAAAUACCCAAACUACCAUUCAAAUAUUCAGAACCAUUAUCAUGAAUUACCCGAAAAAGACGAUGAAAAAUAUGACAAAUUUACUUCAACAGCUUAUAUAACAAAUAAUAAAAAACACAAACCUGAAAAAACUACAGUAAUUCAAAAUAGUGUUAUACCGGUUCACAUAACUACCCAUUCUGACAAGGGAAUUAUUAAACGUCCAGAAAUAUCAUCAUUCUCAGGUAACCGGCAUGACAGUAUUGCAGAUGAAAAUGAUUUCAAUCAAAUUCCGGAAUUACCAACAAAUUUAAAUAAUCAGUAUUUAAGUCCAUCUAAAAGUAUUCUUAAUCCAAAUUUCGCAAUAUCUUCAACAUCUACAUCAGCUCCAAUGACUACAGCUACCACAACAGAACGUCCAUACCAAUACCCUCCUUCGCCUCCAACAAAUCAUAUGUCAUUUUUGAAUUAUUAUACACCAAAUCCACAUUUAGACGAUUCAAAUGCUAAUAGUAUAUUUGAAAAUGCUGAUGAAGGCCAUUAUCCAAUUUUAUCAGGACAAUAUCAACAUAAUAAAAAGCCUUCGUACUAUUAUCAAACAAAUAUUAAAGUUCCGUCAUCACAAUCUCAAUCAAAUCAAAAUAUUCAAAUACAACCGCAACAGCCACAGUAUUUGUUAAAUAUGGGAAUGAAUAGUAUAGGAAAUAGUAUAAACGCAAACAUAAAUGAAGGUAUGGAACAAAUGAAUGAAUAUGAAAGCAAUUCAUCACCACUAUCAUCAUUAAAUUAUCAUAUGGGUAAUAGUUUAUCAAAUGAUUUAAAUAAACAAAAGUAUACACAAUUCGUUACUAAUCAAUUAACACAUCAAACAAAUCUGGAUCAACAAUAUUCAUAUUUAAAUGAGAACCAUAAUUUGCAUUCUGCAUUAUCAACUGGAUCAUCAUCAUCAUUACCAUCAUCGUCUUCAGCUUCGACUACAACUUUAACAAAUAUUUUACCUCAUAAUAAUAAUUACCACAACAACGGAAUUAAUUCUGUUGGUCCGAAUGCUUUAGUCAAUUUAGGUGGAAAUUAUAUUAGUUAUGAUAUUUAUAAAAAUAAAUUGCUUCCCGCUUUAGAAUCUGCUGCAGGAUUAAAUACAAAUAAUAAUAACAACAAUAAUAAUGGAAUGAUAAAUAAUAAUCAAUUAAUUCAACCAAAUGUUGAAAUUGUAACAUGUACAGCUGGUAUAAGGCAACCAAAUUCAACAGAUUGUACAAAAUAUUUUGUUUGUAGUAGAAAAGAUUCUAAAGUUUUGUCGUAUUCAUGCCCUCCCUAUACAGCUUUUAAUUCACAAACUCGAAUAUGUGAUGCUAAAACUUAUGCAAUUUGUAAUCCAGAAAUUUUAUUUAAUAAAUUUACAAUUCAAGAAAAUCAAAAACUAAAAUUCGAUGCAAUUAAAGCCCUUCAAGACGCUAAAAAAAUUAGAGAUGAAGCAAUCAAAGCACAAACAUUAGCAAAUUUAAUACGAUUACAAACGGAACAAACUUUAAAUCAGACAAUGCAUACACCUAUUUCUAAUCCAACUAAUUUCUUAAAUCCAACAAUAUUUUCAGAUUUUCUAAGUUCAUAUACUUCAGUUGAAACACCAAUAAGUGGUCUGGAUGGUAUGGAUAAUGGUAUUAUGACAUCUACAAUUACUAGUACAUCUUCUACAACGACAAUAAAACCAAUUCUCAGUUUAUUGCAUCAUAAACACAAAAAACGAAAAUAUUAUUGUAGAGAAGGUGAUAAGAUUCCAGAUCAAACUUCAAAUUCAAAUUAUUUUAUAUGUUAUAAAACAAAAGAUGGUGCAAUGCAUGGUCAUAAAAUGAUUUGUUCAUUGGGUCUAAUAUUCUGUCCGAAAACUAAAUUAUGUACGACAGCAAGACUUUGUGAAAAUUGA